AGGGCAGGAUGGGGCGCGGCCCGCUGCUGACGUGGGUGAAUUAGAGACCCGUUUCUGAACGUGCCCGGGCAACGCUGAAUUAUUAAAACAGGUGCAUCGAAUAGCGGGAGUGAGGCACAGCACGGGCAGCGCGCACGCACCCACGCAGCAACACAAUACCACCGGCAGUACGACUGCAGGACCCAGGAAGGGCGGAGCGCAACCACGCGGCCGCUCGGCUGCCCCGCCCCACGACGGAGGCCCCGCCCCCGCGGGGCGAUCGAUGGCUCCGGCUCGUCACGCCGGCCGUCCCGUCCUCGGCGCUCGGCUCGCACGCCUGCGGCGCUGCCAUGGAGACGCUGACCCGGCCUGAGCGCGCCCCGCUCGGCCGCCCGCCUGUCGCUGGGGCCCACGGCCGUGAUUGGGGCGCGGCCGCGGGGGGCUUGGGGGGGCCUCCCGGAUGCGCGGAGCAGAAAGAAGGCGCCGGCGGCCGGUGAGCACCAGGCCGUCCCCGCAUGGGCAGCCUAGGCGCGCGCCGCCCAGCGCAGGGGCGCGUCCGGACGGCCCCCGGAACCCUGUGCCCUUUCAAGUUCUUGGGACUUCCACGCAGACACGGACGCCAACGAGACGGGCGGCCGGUCCCCCAGCGUCACCGCCGCCAGCACUACCCUGGGGAAGCGCUGACGACGGGCCAGAAAAGCAGCACUGAGCAUCGCCGGCCCCAAGGCCCCGAAUUUCCAUCGAGUUGUACAAUGUCCUUUCAUUCAGGACACCAGGCACGUCUCAAGUUAAGCAGCCCCAGCCAUGGCAUCCGAAUCGCAGUAGACACCUGACAAGUCCCCGAGGUGGGUGCACGCAGCAGUCCCCGGGAAGAGCUGUGGCCAAGGUGCCACUGAGCCACGUGCCAUCUCACAUGUGGUACUUUGGUAGUCUACUCACAAUGCUCACAGGCUCCUCAAGUCUCCCUGCAACGCAGCCCUCCUAAGGGUGUUGCCUACAAAUGGCCUGAACUCAUUUCUGUUAUUCAGUUCAAUAAGGGAUCCCCAGACCCAACUGCUGAAAAUCGUAAUUAGUGCACUUAGUGCAAAGCCGUCAGCAGCUGCCCACACAGGACUGUCUGGGGGGGGCCUCGUGCGCAGGCCCCGGAGGGGAGGCGGGGCCAGGGAUGAGUGGCCGCGUCCCUCUGGCAGAGAAAGCGCUGUCUGAAGGCCACGCCCGGCAGCGGUACAGGGACACCUCCCUGUUCAUCUGGCAACGGCAGCAGCUGAAGCUGGAGUCUGCGCCCCCCGGGACGUACCUGAGCAGGAGCCGGAGUGCGUGGUACUCACAGUACGGAAACGAGGCCAUCCUAGUCCGGGACAGAAACAAGCUUGGGGUCUCGUGGGACACGGGCCAGUCCAAGUUCUGCACAAUUAUGUAAUUCCAGCAUGAAAACCACAGGCCAGGCGCUGCGCUGUGAGGAAUAUGACUGUUUCCAGCUUUCCUGUUGAUUCUGGGAGAUUCUGCACAGGGAAUGUGAACAGGCUGUGGGGUGGGAACCAAAGAAUUCUGACGACGGCUCCCCAGCCCUGUCGCACGGCUUAGCCUCUGGAUUCUGUCCCGCCAGGCCCCAUGGACACAGCCCAGCUGGGCACCGGCAGAUGCUGCUGCUCUGUUCUCCCAAGCAAGCGAGAGAGACACCCCAUACAAACAACCAUUUCAAGUGUUUGUAGGGGUUUUUAGUAUUCACUUCUGCCCCGUAAAGAAUGAGUCAGAUCUUGAAAAAGGUGGAGAUUGGCAUCAUAUAUUUUUGAAAGUCCAUGUGCAGGACCGGGAUGGAUUUAACCUAAAUGGCGGCGGCCGCGGCUCUGCGACAGGAACCUCCUGCCCCUGCACUUCUUGUCUGCUGACCAAAAUGAUCCUCGACCAGUGCAUCACGGCGUCUUCUUCACUGGCUUCCAAAUACUUGAAGGCUUGUGGGCCAGUGCAUCCAAAAAACAUUAAGGAAACCAAAAAUUAAGUUCUACAGUUGUUUAGUCAGUUCAGAUUUAGUCACGUGGCUGAAAUAAGCAGGUGCUCAGCUGGCAUUUCAGCCGCGCUCUGCUCCACGGCCGGCCGCAGCUCCCUGUACCCGUGUGCCUGAGGCAUGUUGGUCAGUACUGCACACAGGCAGCCCCAGCCCUCCUGGGGGCAGUUUUUAGGAGUCAUUUUAUUUGCUGUCUGCUUUAUAUAAAGCCUGUGUGGCUGUGCAAACGUG